UUAGUUAUCGUUUCAAUCUUGUAGAAGAACUGCUUCGCUCUCCCUCCGACGAGGAAAACAAGUGCUGAACAAUUUAGGGCUACCAAAAUUGGACCACCAGCUAGAUCUCGCCGCCGCUCCGCCGUAUCUCCGGCCGCCGCCCCAGCUUUUAGCAGUCAUUCGAUUUUGAGACCGAUUCAACUCCAAAAAUGGGGAAAAAACAGCACAGUAAGGAUCGGAUGUUCAUCACGAAAACGGAGUGGGCCACAGAGUGGGGCGGCGCCAAGUCCAAAGAAUUAGCCCCGUUUAAACGGCUUCCUUUCUAUUGCUGCGCACUCACGUUUACGCAGUUUGAAGUCCCCGUUUGCACUUCAGAUGGCAACGUAUUUGACAUCAUGCACAUAAUGCCAUAUAUCAACAAGUACGGGAGACAUCCAGUAACUGGAGCGCCCUUGAAGAAGGAGGAUUUGAUCCCACUCAAUUUUCACAAGAAUCAAGAAGGAGAGUAUCAUUGCCCUGUCCUAAAUAAAGUCUUUACGGAGUUCACGCACAUAGUUGCUGUUAAAACCACUGGAAAUGUGUUCUGUUACGAGGCCAUUAAGGAGUUAAACAUCAAAACUAAGAACUGGAAGGAGCUUCUCACUGAUGAACCAUUCUCCAGAGAAGAUAUUAUAACUAUUCAAAAUCCUAAUGCACUGGAUACCAAGGCUCUUGUGGAUUUCGAUCAUGUCAAGAAGAACUUAAAAAUUGAUGAUGAAGAGUCAAAGAAAAUGGAAUCUGACCCGUCUUACAACAUAAAUGUUAUUGGGGAUAUAAAGCAAAUGCUUAAGGAACUUGGAACUGAAAAGGCAAAGGAGAUAGCACUACAUGGUGGAGGAGGAAGCAAGGCAAGGGAUGAAAGAGCUGCUGCUCUUGAAGCCAUUUUGGAAGCUAGAUCACGUAUCAAGGAUGACAAUGUAUCAAAGAAUGGGGACAAGCCCAAGCAGGGCUUCAGUAUUGUAGAUGCUGCAUCUGCAGCAGUCCAUGGGAGAAGCGCUGAUGCUGCAAGGUCUGAUGCUAGUAAUAAAACUGCUGCUCGCAUAGCGAUGCACAUGGCAGGGGAGAGGACUCCGGUGAAUGCAAAGCUGGUUAAAAGUCGUUUCACAUCUGGCGCUGCUUCACGAUCUUUCACUUCUACAUCUUAUGAUCCUGUGACUAAAAAUGAAUACGAAUAUGUUAAAGUUGAGAAAAAUCCAAAGAAGAAGGGUUAUGCACGGCUGCAAACAACACACGGUGAUUUGAACAUUGAGCUGCACUGUGACAUCACUCCAAGGACAUGUGAAAACUUCAUCACGCUUUGUGAGCGUGGUUAUUAUAAUGGAAUAGCUUUUCACAGAAGUAUAAGAAAUUUCAUGAUUCAAGGUGGUGAUCCUACUGGAACUGGGAGAGGAGGUGAGUCAAUUUGGGGAAAGCCCUUCAAAGACGAACUCAACUCCAAGUUGGUUCAUUCUGGACGAGGUGUUGUUAGCAUGGCAAAUUCCGGUCCUCAUACAAAUGGUUCACAAUUUUUCAUCUUGUACAAGUCUGCAAAGCAUUUGAACUUUAAGCACACCGUUUUUGGAAUGGUUGUUGGAGGUUUGACAACGCUUUCAGCAAUGGAGAAAGUACCUGUUGAUGAUGAUGAUCGACCCCUGGAAGAGAUCAAGAUUAUAAGUGCUGAUGUAUUUGUCAACCCAUACGCUGAAUCUGAUGAUGAGGAGGAAGGGAAGACAGUCGAAGAAGACAAUAACGUCAAGGAUGAAGAUAAUGAAAAGAUCGGCUCAUGGUACAGUAAUCCAGUUACUAGUUCAGAUACCCCUGCCGUUGGCAGUGGAGUCGGAAAGUACUUGAAAGCAAGGAUCACUCAGCCUGCAUCUUCUGCUGCUCCUCUAGAUGGUGAUUUGCCAUCGGGGUCCGUUGGGAAGAAGAGAAAGGUGGGAGGGUCACGCGGCGAACUUAAGGAUUUUUCUUCUUGGUGAGAUUUGUAUUUAUUUUACAAGAGACGUUAAAAAAUCUUGGCUAUGGUAGGCACCACAAUGUAUGUACGAUUUGAUAGUUGAGUUUUGAAUUUUGGGGCAACAAAAUGAGUAUA